ACUAGAGUCGAAAACCAAAUCAUCAAGAAGGCAGAAAGCCAACACGAAAUUCCCACACCCUCCAUCUUCCUCUCUCAGUUCCUCGUGCGGGUCUGCAAGGACUUCGCAGAACCUCUUCCACAGGGCCUCAGAGAACAAGCCCUAGAAAUUUGAUCGAUCGUGAGGACAGAGGACUUCUGAGAGAGAGAGAGAGAGAGAUAAUCUCGUGCUAUCCCAGUUCAUCUCCUGGCAAAAAUUCCCUCUUUCUGGAAGGGAACCUGAGACGAUCGAUUCGAUUGGUAGUGGUUAGUUCUCUGUUAUUGUUGCAAUCUUUGUUGCAAUGGACGGGAACAAAGACGAGGCUCUGAAAUGCCUGAAAAUUGGACGAGAAGCUUUGGAACUAGGUGAUCGUAUUCGUGCACUGAAAUUUAUCUCAAAAGCUCGCCGCCUCGAUCCAACCCUUCCUGUCGAUGAUUUCUUAUCGAAGCUAGAAGGUGAAUCUGGUGAUCCUCCGGCUCCGGAUUCACCCGCACCAAACGGUGUUCCCCAGGAUGAAGCAACAUUUUCGGUUAAUUCUUCUGUUAGGCACAGAGUCCCAUCAGAUGGGUCUUCGUCGAGUUCUGCCAAGUCUUACACAGAGGAGCAGAUCUCGAUCGUCAGAGAGAUAAAGAAGAAGAAGGAUUACUACGAAAUUUUGGGGCUAGAAAAGGGAUGCUCUGUUGAAGACGUCAGGAAGGCAUAUCGGAAACUAUCUCUGAAAGUCCAUCCUGAUAAAAACAAAGCUCCUGGUGCUGAGGAAUCAUUUAAGGCGGUUUCGAAAGCAUUUCAGUGCCUUAGUGAUGAAGAGAGCAGGAAAAGGUAUGAUGUUGUUGGCCCUGAUGAAGCUGUAUACGAUAGACCCGCAGCUAGGCGAAGACCACAAGGUUUCAACGGUUUCUAUGAGGCAGAUGUCGACGCUGAGGAGAUUUUCAGGAACUUCUUCUUUGGUGGGAUGCCUCGGGCAACCACCCAGUUUCGUGGGUUUAGCUUUGGUACUGGCAUGGGACCAAGUGUACGAACGGCUGAUAAUGGCUCGGGCAACUUCAAUAUCAGGGCACUUCUUCAGUUACUGCCCAUCCUUCUUGUGCUUCUGUUGAAUUUCCUACCAUCUUCAGACCCCAUUUAUGCUCUUUCUAGGUCCUACCCGUAUGAACACCGGUUUGUUACGGAAAAGGGUAUCAAUUAUUUUGUUAAGACGGCAAAAUUUGAUCAAGAGUACCCUUAUAAUAGCCCUGAACGUGUGGAAAUAGAACAAGAGGUCGAGAGAGCCUACAAGUCGAGUCUUGCACAAUAUUGCCAGGUUGAAUUGCAGCGGCGCCAGUGGGGUCUCACGGUUGAGACACCAUACUGUGACAGGUUAAAAGAGAUUCAGUCAAUGGCUUGAUCUACUUUCAAGAUUGCCUGAGUACCAAUAUUUCAGACUUCUCAUUUGUUCCCUUCAAUACAUUUGAUCUUUACACUGAAGGAAUGGAGGAAUGGUAGUAGUUUUGAAUGCAGAGUACCCGCCCCCCUUUCCCAACCUUUUCCUUUUGUGACCUGGUUCUUUCCUCCUCUACAUCCGAUCGUUAUUUUCAGGAUAGGAAAUUUUCUGCCUGUAUACAUAUACAAUUGACUCUGUAUUAGUUACAAUAGUUUGUAUAUUUUAUGUUGCAUCUUGGGUAAACAUGAAUUUAUCCACCAAAAUUUUAGUGUA